GAGGGGACUUGUGUGAGCCUCCAGGUAAGUAGCAACAGUGAAUCACCCGGAGACGGGGACCGAUCCUCGCUUUGAGAGAGGAGACGGGGAGUGCCGGUGGCGCUGUUGACAAGUCCGGGCUGGCGAGGCGCGGUCUCCGAGAAGCGGCGAUUCUGCCGACACUCCUCCCCCGGAGGUCUGGAGAAAGCUCGGGAAGACUUCAGCUACAUUGAAGACUGGUUGUUUUCCACAACUAGAGGAGAAGCCCUUGAAGGGAUGGUGACUUCUUUUUGAGUUCGAGUAGCAGAAGAAAAGAGACAGUUUGAGCAGAUGCUGUUGAAGACUCAGAGAGCUGAGAUAUGAAGAUUUUGAAGUCAUUCUACAUCUGAAGCCAUGAUUUAAGUAUCAGCAUUACGAUUGCAACAAGAAAAACUUAAGCUUCAUCAGAUUCCCACGUCAAAGAAAAGUUACAAGCUUUCAGAAAGAGUUCUUGCUUGAAGAUAAAGAACAACUUGUUAACUUCAAAAGAAGAAUCGAUGCUAAGUUUUUAACUGCACUCCCUAAAGUUGCAGAAUUAAGAAAAAUCUUUGAACCAAAGAGUAAAGAAUUUUUAGAAAUGAAAAGAAAAGAAAGAAUUGCCAGGCGCUUAGAAGGAAUCGAAACGGACACCCAGCCCAUCCUUUUGCAGAGCUGCACAGGACUGGUGACUCACCGGCUGCUGGAGGAAGACACGCCCAGAUACACGCGAGCCACAGACCCGGCCAGCCCCCACAUCGGCCGAUCAAAUGAAGAGGAAGAAACUUCUGAUUCUUCUUUAGAAAAGCAGACUCGACCCAAACACUGCACAGAAACCUCAGGCGUCCAUGGUGACUCAUCCUAUAGUUCAGGUAUCAUGGACACCCAGGGUCUUGAGUCCAAAGCUGAAAGGAUCGCAAGGUACAAAGCAGAGAGGAGACGGCAGCUGGCAGAAAAAUAUGGUCUGACGCUGGAUUGUGAAGCAGACUCCGAAUCUCUGUCUCGAUAUACCAAGUCCAGGAGGGAGCCCGAUGCUGGUGAGAAACGGGGAGGAAAGAGCGACAGGCCAGCCGAGUCAAGCAAAGAUUCGAGUUCCACGUACUCCAGGACCGAGAUCCCGGGGCUCAGGACCUGUGUGGCUGAACCCCAGGACUAUACCCUCCACGGCAGGGAUGAUGUCUCUGACACGGAGGUGCUGCUCAACGUGGAAAACCAAAGACGAGGUCAACAGCUGAGUACCACUGGACAGCAGUCCCGUGACCUGGCGCCCACGGCUGAGAGCUCCUCAUCCUUCCCAUUCUCUGGGCGAGACUGCUCCUUCGGUGAAGUGCCAAGGUCCCCAAAGCAAAUGCACAGUGUGCCCCUCUCCUCACCUCGGCAGCCAGCCUCCCCGAGCCACUCCAGUGAUCCGCCACACCCCACUGAGGCUCGACCCAGUAUAGGGAAACCCAAACAUGAGUGGUUUCUACAGAAAGACUCCGAAGGGGACACACCUUCACUUAUCAACUGGCCUUCCAGAGUUAAAGUUAGAGAAAAAUUGGUGAAAGAGGAGAGUGCUCGCAGCAGCCCCGAACUUGGCUCAGAGUCCUUAACUCAGAGGAGACACCAGCCCGUGCCGAUGCCCUACCUGCCCUUUCAGUCAGAAAACUCGGCCUUUGAUAGGGUCACGGGCAAGGCGGCCGGCUCUGCGCGACAGCCGAUCCGUGGCUAUGUCCAACCAGCAGAUCCCGUUCACACUGCCGUGAUGGUGACCUCAGAAACCCCAGAAAGUGUGUCUGAGUGCAGCUGGGUGGGGUCAGCCGCCCAGAACGUCACAAAGCCUCCCACCUUGAAGGUUCUUGAAGACGAGAGAAGGGAUACCCCCGUCCUCCAUAUUUGUGAAUCAAAAGCAGAGGAAGACGUGCCCUUCACUGAAGCUCUCGAGAAAAGCAGGAAAGCGCUCUUGGCUUCAGAGGAUGGCGGGCUUGCAGGAAGCCAGGAAGACUCGGCUGGAAAUGAAGACCUUGGUGAGCCCGCUACUUGCACAGUCACUUUAGAACACCAAAAGGAACCAGAAAACUCAUCACACUCACCUCAAGUUCAGCACCAGUUCACUGAGAGAACCGGCAAGAGCAAAAUGGUUUUGUAUGUUCAGAGCGAGCCUGUGUUCCAAGAUGCUGGAGCUUCAGGUCACAAACAAGAAGCAUCUAGGAGGAAGCACAAGGUCCUCACCCGCUCCCUGUCUGACUACACGGGCCCCCCUCAGCUCCAGGCCCUGAAGCGUAAGGACCUAGCUGCCAAGGGAGAGCCGGAGAUGCAGAGUCCCAAAGCGGAGGGGCCCCAAGUAGAAGCGAGCAUGCUGGACACAAAGGUCUCUGUCGCCCAGCUCCGAAAUGCAUUUCUGGAAUUUGCCAGUGCCAGAAAGAAACCCGAACUCCAAUCGCGGGUUGAGAGGUCACCCAAAGGAGUUGGCUUGCCUACCACUGUGGAACGGGAGAGAGGGUCCCGGAAACCAAGACGGUAUUUUUCUCCUGGUGAAAGUAGAAAAACUUCCGAGAGAUUUAGAACUCAACCAAUAACCUCAGCAGAACGAAAGGAAUCGGAUAGGUCUACUUCAAAUUCAGAAAUGCCAACUGCCGACGAUGAAGAAAAGGUAGAUGAGCGAGCCAAGCUGAGUGUCGCUGCCAAGAGGCUGCUUUUCAGGGAAAUGGAAAAGUCGUUUGAUGAGAAAAACGUCCCUAAGCGACGCUCACGAAACGCGGCCGUGGAGCAAAGGCUGCGGCGGCUGCAGGACAGAUCCCACACCCAGCCGGUCACCAGCGAGGAGGUGGUCAUCGCAGCCACUGAGCCUCUCCCUGCUUCGUGCCCGGUGGCCGCCCACCCCGUAAUGGCAAGACUUCCUAGUCCCACUGUAGCUAAGAGCACUGUGCAGCCUGCCAGAUUACAGGCCUCUGCUCACCAAAAGGCUUUAGCCCGAGACCAGGCAAAUGAGGGCAAAGAUUCUGCUGAACAAGGAGAACCUGAUUCUUCCACUCUCAGCUUAGCCGAGAAGUUGGCCUUGUUUAACAAAUUGUCCCAGCCAGUCUCAAAAGCUAUUUCUACCCGAAACAGAAUAGACGUGAGACAGAGGAGAAUGAAUGCUCGCUAUCAAACUCAGCCGGUCACGCUUGGAGAGGUGGAACAGGUGCAAAGGGGAAAGCUCAUUCCUUUCUCGCCCACUGUCAACACAUCUGUGUCCACCGUGGCAUCCACGGUCACUCCAAUGUAUGCGGGGGAGCUGCGGACACAGCCAUCCAUGGACGACAACCCAAGGGCCACUGACUACAAGUUUCCUUCUUCGAUAGAAAAUUCAGACUCUCCAGUUAGAAGCAUUCUGAGGUCCCAAGCCUGGCCGCUUUCACUGGAAGGCAGUGGGAACAAAGGCACAUUGAGAGAAUUGGGAGAGACAGAGAACAAGAGAGCCGUGACAGGUCGGGACGGAGGUGUGAGAAAGUACGGGUCCUUUGAGGAAGCAGAGCCAUCCUACGCCAUCCUCAACCAAGUCCGGGAAGGAGACAGCCAUAAGGAAACGAAAUACGCUGUCCUGAGGAAGGGAAGCCUGGAGCUAGUCAGUCCUCCCGUCGCCCCUCUUGGUGACGUGCUGAAGGAAUUUUCCACCGUGGAAAGCACCGCACCAGGGACUCCAGACUUGAAGGACCGGCAGCACUUUGGGGAGAAAGUGGACAUGGAGAAUGUCACAAAGAGGAAGUUUUCGCUGAGAGCGGCGGAGUUCGGGGAGCCCACUUCUGAGCAGACCGGCACAGCUGCUGGGAAAACCGUUGCCCAGACUGCACCCCCAGUGUCCUGGAAACAGCACGAGCCUUCAGAACAAGCACAGGAGAAGCACUAUAAGAAUCCAUGUGCGAUGUUUGCUGCUGGAGAGAUCAAAGCGCCGGUGGCGGAGGGCAUCCUUGAUUCACCCAGCAAAACCAUGUCAAUUAAAGAAAGAUUAGCACUGUUGAAGAAGAGUGGAGAGGAAGACUGGAAAAACCGACUCACCAGAAAACAGGAGUACGGCAAAGCGUCUGUCACGAGCAGCCUGCACGUGCAAGAAGCGGAACAGUCGCUCAAGAAGAAGCGGGUCACAGAGAGUCGAGAGAACCAGAUGACUAUCGAAGAGAGGAAGCACCUCAUCACUGUGAGAGAGGAAGCCUGGAAGACUAAAGGCAAAGGAGCAGCUAACGACUCCACCCAGUUUACGGUGGCCGGGAGAAUGGUGAAGAAAGGUUUGGCGUCACCCACUGCCAUAACUCCAGUAGCAUCCCCUAUUUGCAAUAAAACAAGAGGAACAACACCAGUUUCUAAACCCCUGGAAGAUAUCGAAGCCAGACCAGACAUGCAGUUAGAAUCGGACCUGAAGUUGGAUAGGCUGGAAACCUUUCUAAGAAGGCUGAAUAACAAAGUUGGUGGGAUGCAAGAAACUGUACUCACCGUCACUGGCAAAUCAGUUAAGGAGGUGAUGAAGCUGGACGAUGACGAAACCUUUGCCAAAUUUUACCGCAGUAUGGACUAUACUGUGCCGAGGAGCCCUGUGGAGCUGGAUGAAGACUUCGAUGUUAUCUUUGAUCCUUAUGCUCCCAAGUUGACGUCUUCGGUGGCUGAGCACAAGCGUGCGGUUAGGCCCAAGCGCCGGGUUCAAGCUUCCAAAAACCCCCUGAAAAUGCUGGCGGCGAGAGAAGAUCUCCUUCAGGAAUACACUGAGCAGAGACUGAACGUUGCCUUCAUGGAGUCCAAGCGAAUGAAAGUGGAAAAGAUGUCCUCCAACUCCAACUUCUCAGAGGUCACUCUGGCAGGUUUAGCCAGUAAGGAAAACUUCAGCAACGUCAGUCUGCGGAGCGUCAACCUGACAGAACAGAAUUCUAACAACAGCGCGGUGCCCUACAAGAAGCUGAUGUUGCUGCAGAUUAAAGGUAUACUGGUGACCAGCAUGAAUAACCAACCUCUAUUCCUGGUUCUAAUCCAGACACUAGACUAUCGGUGUGAUUGUGGAAAGGUACUGGUGUUUGAUUUUGGUAGUGAAGUUUACGUGUGGCAUGGAAAAGAAGUUACAUUAGCGCAACGGAAAAUAGCAUUUCAGCUGGCAAAGCACUUAUGGAAUGGAACCUUUGACUAUGAGAAUUGUGACAUUAACCCUCUGGAUCCUGGAGAAUGCAAUCCACUUAUUCCCAGAAAAGGACAGGGGCGGCCUGACUGGGCAAUAUUUGGGCGACUUACGGAACACAAUGAGACUAUCUUGUUCAAAGAGAAAUUUCUCGAUUGGACCGAACUGAAGAGACCUAAUGAGAAGAACGCGGGAGACCUUGCUCAGCAGAAGGAAGAGUCUAGGGCUGAAGUCAAGCCAUACGAUGUAACCCGCAUGGUGCCCGUGCCCCAGACGGUGGCCGGCACCGUGCUGGACGGGGUGAACGUGGGCCGGGGCUACGGCCUGGUGGAAGGGGGCGACAGGAGGCAGUUUGAGAUCGCCAGCGUCUCCGUGGAUGUCUGGCACAUCCUAGAAUUUGACUACAGCAGGCUCCCCAAACAGAGCAUCGGGCAGUUCCACGAAGGGGACGCCUACGUGGUAAAGUGGAAGUACAUGGUGAGCACCGCAGUGGGAAGUCGACAGAAGGGAGAGCAUUCCAUAAGGGUGGCUGGCAAAGAGAAGUGUGUCUACUUCUUCUGGCAAGGCCGGCAGUCGACUGUGAGUGAGAAGGGCACGUCGGCUCUGAUGACCGUAGAGCUGGAUGAAGAAAGGGGUGCCCAGGUCCAGGUUCUCCAGGGAAAGGAGCCCCCCUGUUUUCUGCAGUGCUUCCAGGGGGGGAUGGUGGUGCACUCCGGGAGACGUGAAGAGGAGGAAGAAAAUGCGCAAAGUGAGUGGAGGCUGUACUGUGUGCGGGGAGAGGUGCCCAUGGAAGGAAAUUUGCUGGAAGUGGCCUGUCACUGUAGCAGUUUGAGGUCCAGGACAUCCAUGGUUGUCCUCAAUGUAAAUAAAGCCCUCAUCUACCUGUGGCACGGAUGCAAAGCCCAGGCCCACACAAAAGAGGUUGGAAGGACGGCAGCAAAUAAAAUCAAAGAACAAUGCCCCCUGGAAGCAGGACUUCAUAGCAGCAGCAAAGUGACAAUACACGAGUGUGACGAAGGCUCUGAGCCUCUGGGAUUCUGGGAUGCAUUAGGAAGGAGAGACAGGAAAGCCUACGACUGCAUGCUUCAAGAUCCUGGGAACUUUAACUUCACACCCCGCCUGUUCAUCCUCAGCAGUUGCUCUGGAGAUUUCUUGGCCACAGAAUUCAUGUAUCCUGCCCGAGAACCCUCUGUGGUCAAUUCCAUGCCCUUCCUGCAGGAAGAUCUGUAUAGUGCCCCGCAGCCAGCACUUUUCCUUGUUGACAAUCACCAUGAGGUGUACCUCUGGCAAGGCUGGUGGCCCAUCGAAAACAAGAUCACCGGUUCUGCCCGCAUGCGCUGGGCCUCUGACCGAAAGAGCGCCAUGGAGACCGUGCUCCAGUACUGCAGAGGGAAAAAUAUCAAGAAGCCGCCCCCCAAAUCUUACCUGAUCCACGCUGGUCUGGAGCCCCUGACGUUCACCAAUAUGUUUCCCAGUUGGGAGCACAGAGAGGACAUUGCCGAGAUCACAGAGAUGGACACAGAAGUUUCGAAUCAGAUCACCCUUGUGGAAGACGUGUUAGCCAAGCUCUGUAAAACCAUUUAUCCUCUGGCUGAUCUGCUAGCCAGGCCACUGCCCGAGGGCGUUGACCCUCUAAAGCUUGAGAUUUAUCUCACCGAUGAAGACUUCGAGUUUGCACUAGACAUGACGAGAGAGGAAUACAGUGCACUUCCGGCCUGGAAGCAGGUGAACCUGAAGAAAGCAAAAGGUCUGUUUUGAGCCGAGAGAUGCUGGCGGAACCGAUACUGGCAGAACCUCUGUUACCACUUUCAAUACCAAUGGACCAGGAAAAUGGAUAUUUUUUGGACCGGUCUUUUUAAAAAUAUUUUUUAAUCAGAAUAUUCAAAACCUGAAGUUAUGAGCUCUACUGCUUGUCCCGGAGUUGUGUAUUUUGUAAAUGUUUAAGAGAACUCUUCAGAAACUCUCUUUCCACGAUGCAGCAGGUGAUGGUCAUAAAAAUACCCGUAGGUGCACUUAGCAGCGGGUCCUCAGCCGCUGCUACAGCGCUGCCCUCCUGUUCCAGCUAAGCGUUGCCUUUUU